GAGGACUGGGUAGCGCAUGUGUUAUUCACAUUCCCGGGCAGGGAGUCAGAGACUAUUUAAAGUGAGAAACAGAAGACCGGGGAGAUGAAAAGCCUGGACGGAGUUGUCAGAGCUGCACGUCAGGAUGCCUUUCACUUGGCUGCUGUUGCCGUUUCUUGUGCUGCUGCUUCCCCUGUGCCACCAGCCUGGCUGCCAAGUGCAGGGUGUCAGACAGAGCCCCGGUGUUCAGUGCGUCUCCUGCCAGGAAUCUGGAGGGAGGCCAGAAGGCCAAGACUCGGUGAAGGAGGCCAGCGACGCUGCCAGGAUGGCUGGAGAGUCCUGUGGCGUAUACACUGCCAGAUGCAUGAGGGGCCUGCGCUGUGUGCCCAAGCCAGGAGAGAAGAGCCCUUUACUUGCCCUCCUGCAGAACCGAGGGGUGUGCACAGCACUCGUUCAAUUGGGAACCCCCAGCAGCCCCAGGGGCCGGCCGGCCACUACCACCAUUGCAGGGCAACAGGGGUCAGACGUGGUCUCAGAGAAGGACAGCAAGAGUGAAGAUAUGGCACCCUGCCGGCAGCAUCUGAAGACGGUACUCAUGGAGCACAAGCUCACUCUCUUCCACGAAGCCAAAGGCCUGUACAUCCCAAAUUGUGACACCAAUGGUUUCUACCGAAAGAAACAGUGCAGGUCAUCGAAGGGUACCCGCCGUGGGAUGUGCUGGUGCGUCAGUGAGUUUGGACACCCCCUGCCAGGCCACGACAAGGGCGGCAUCAACCUGCAGUGCGACGGUGAUUGAACAAUGGCAGCAACAGUUAAAAAAGGGCAAGGCGAGCGAGUGCCUGACUUGGGCUGGACACUAUGGGAUGUGGAGCACAGUAAUGUGUCUCUGUAUUUUUUUUUUUCUAAUUUUCCAUUGUGCAUUCUGAAGGGAUGAUAUCUGGACUUUUUGGGGCAGUAAAUAGCAUUUUGUGUGGAAAGGGUUAAAUGAGUAUGUCAGGAGCUUCAUGAUGUAAGCGUGGCAGCUGCAAACCCCCCUGCAUAGCACUUUCGAUAUAGAGCAGAAAUUAAGUGAUAAGUAAGGCCAUAUUUUGUAUCCACGUCUUUUUAAAUGUUUUUCCAAAAACUGCAUUUCAGGACUCGUAGAACUUCACCGACCUCUUCUGGUGCCUCCCGAGGCUUUGAAAUUAACCGAGGCGUCUUUCAUGCAGCGUGAGGCUUCUUUACUGUGUAACGGGGUCCCCCUAGUGGCCAGUUUGAGAAGUGAGGUGACGCUUUAGUUCAUUUGUAAGUUUUGGGGCUCACCUGUGAUGAAAGGGUUAAUGGCGUAUCUGAUUUUCGAGGGAGUUCACAGCCACGACAAGACUUGGGGGUGCUGAAGGGGGCACAUUAUUGACUCAGGUUGGGGUGCGUUAUUUUUUUUUAUUUUAUUUUUUUUAAAUGGUGUCACUGUUUAUGCCAGUUUUUUUUUUUUAUUCUUAUUUAUGAGUGAUUAUUGAAAUGACCCUUGAAUCUGUCCCAAGAUAUUUUGUUGCUGUAAUUAGUAUUUUUAUUUAUAAAUAAGCUUAUUUGUAAUUUGUUACUUAAUGUUACAUAUUGUCAAAAAAUCUUUCAGUUUUUAUUAAAUUAUACUUAAAAAGGCCACUUUGUCAUGCAGGUGUGAUGGGGAGUACUGAGAAAUUGGGGGUUAUGGGGGUGGACAUUAACAUCUGUGACCGACGCUGUGUUCACUGACCCCAACAGUAUGUCUCGGUCAUUUUUGGGGGUCACUGAACAUUUCUGGAUUCGAGUAAGUUGGGACUGUUGCCAUUAAAUGGUCCAGCGCAGGGAUCUCAAUCUCAGUCGCUAACCAGUUUUCAUUCUGGCUGCUUUCUUAAUUAUUAACCAUAUACUGCUGGCAAUUUAACAGAUUUCAUUCAUCUUAAUUAUAAUUAACUAGUGAUUCACACCAUAUAUGAUCCAAAAAUAAAAUGCAAAAAAAUAAGUAAAUAAAGAUAGGGAGCUGUUGACACUCCUUGUGUUUUCUA